AUGGAAGGUCCACUAUCAAAAUGGACCAAUAUGGUGCAUGGUUGGCAGUACCGGUGGUUCAAAAUAGAAAAUGACACACUUCUAUAUUACACUUCUCGGGAAAAAAUGCUGAAAGGACAACAGAGAGGUUUGCUCUAUAACCUAAUUACAUCAAAAGGUUUUUUUCUAGGCCAAAUUCGUCUUUCUGGUGCUGUCGUUGGAAUUGAUGGUGAAAACAAUAGCCUUUUCACAAUCACCGUCGAAGGAAAAACGUUUCAUAUGCAGGGAAGAGACCUAAGAGAACGAAAUCAAUGGGUUCGAAUUUUGGAGAACUCAAUUCGGGCCAGCAGUGGAUAUGCGAAAAAUGGAUCGAUUGGAACUACGCCUGCUCAACAUUUCAAGCAGAAAACCGAAGAAGCUAGCGAGUUUUUGAAGACUCUAGUCGAUAAAGUAAAAGAACUGGAGCAGUUGAAGAAUGGCGAAAGAGUUGCCGAUGAGAAGAAAACUAUUGACUCCUUGAUUGCGGCGAGCAACAAUCUGACAAACAAUGUGAAACACGCUAUAAUUUAUCUUCAGAUGGCUCAAGCUCGCCUCGAUCCAAACAUGAAAACCGAGAAGUUAAUGUUCACACAUCCUGAUCUCGAUGAAAAGCCAUCAUCUCGUGUUGGUACUGUCUCCGACUCUACACAAACAAGCAGUCAUCCAUCGAGUAACACGGAGAAGCCGAUUUCUGGAAUUCAACAUUUAGAUCAUUUGAAACCGCAUCGUGCAGAGUCCUAUGCAAGUAGCGACGAAGAAGAGUUUUACGACGCUGACGAAGAACUGAUUGAUUUGGACAAGUUUGAAAACGAGAAAAGCGGGCCAGAAUCUGGAGAUUCCGAACGUUGUACUGACGCUGGUAUUAUGUCAUCUGAUGAAGAUGGAUACGAUUUCGGUGACUCACACGAGGAUUUCGACGAGAUUUAUAACAACGCGGAAGAGCAUGAUAUCGGAAAUGUACAACAAGAACAUGGUUCCGUUUUGAUGCAUCUUUUGAGUCAAGUGAGCGUCGGAAUGGAUCUUACGAAAGUCACUCUUCCCACUUUCAUCCUUGAACGCCGGUCACUUCUCGAAAUGUAUGCCGAUUUCUUCGCACAUCCAGAUCUGUUCAUUGCCACAAACGGAAUCGAUACUCCGGAAAAAAGAAUGAUCUCUGUUGUGAGAUACUAUUUGAAUGCGUUUUAUGCCGCAAGGAAAAGUGGGGUGGCCAAAAAACCAUAUAACGCUAUUCUUGGAGAAACUUUCCGGUGUCGGUAUACCGUUCCGAACUCUUCGCUUAGUGGCAAGAAGACCGAAAGUGGACCAUGGCCUGGCUCAGACGAAAAACAAUUGACCUUCAUUGCUGAGCAGGUUAGCCAUCAUCCGCCAAUUUCUGCGUUCUAUGCCGAAAUGCCAUCAGAAGGUAUAUCAUUCAAUGCCCACAUCUACACCAAAUCUUCAUUCCUCGGACUAUCAAUUGGAGUGGCCAGCAUUGGAGAAGGCGUCCUCACAUUGCACAACUAUGGAGAUGAACAAUACACAAUAACUUUCCCAAGUGGUUACGGACGUUCAAUAAUGAGCACUCCAUGGUUUGAAUUCGGAGGAAAAGUGAAGGUUGAAUGUGAGAAGACUGGAUACUACGCGGAUAUAGAAUUUCUGACGAAACCAUUCUUCGGCGGAAAACCACACAGAAUUCAAGGGACCAUUUGUCGAGAAGGCGUCAAAAAACCAAUUCUGACAGUUCGUGGAGAAUGGAACGGUACAAUGUACGCAAAGCCACCAAACGGAGACGAGUAUGUUUUCGUUGAUGUCAAAUCUAAGCCGGAAGUCAAAAAAGAAUGUAUUCCUGUGAUGCAACAAGGAAAACGAGAAAGCAGAAGAUUAUGGCGACAUGUCACUGCUGCACUACUCAGGAAUCGAAUUCAGACGGCUACAACUUCUAAACGGUUCAUUGAACAAAGACAAAGACAAGAAGCAAAGGAACGGUUGGAGAACGGAGAAAAAUGGACUCCUCUUCUUUUCGAAACCACGGACAAAGAAGGAGAAUGGAUGUACAAACAAAAAUUAGGCGUCAGAAAUACUCUGUGA